AUAUAAUUGGCGGAGACAUGAAAAGACUAACGUUUUCAGUGCUGGGGGAAAGUGUUAUAUUCGGUGAUUAGUUAGAUAAUCUCCCUUAUUAUCCAAAUGGCAAUAAUAUUUUAAACAUUGUGAUUGGAUUGUGACAAAAGAAUAUCUGAAGGUUUGUCAUGGUUCAUUGGACACAGGUAUUUUAAGAUGAACAUCAUCUAAAGAUUUGGAAUUGAUAAUCCUGUAGUCUGAAUAAUUUUGGAAUUUGACGAAUUUUCACUAAAAAAUGACGGAGAUGGAGCUGGGCAGAAGGUACUCUAGUGGAAGGUUUACGUUGAAAGAGGAUGAUUUUGAGUUUGAUUUCAAUGACAUCAGUAGAGCUUCUACGCCUAUGAGUAUAAAGAGUGCAAAAUCUGAAGGUCGACGUCGAGAACGCUCUAGUCAUUCGAUAGAGGAUUACAAAAGGAAAAUAGCCCGACUCAAAAGUGAAUUAGAAAUGGAGAAGGCACGUAACAAACAGGUUCAUAAAGAAAAAACCUCGGAAAUUAAAACUAUACAGAGCAAAUUAGAAAAGGAAAAAGAAGAUCAGAUUCAUCAUUUAGAGGAUAAGUUAAUUCAAGAAAAAAGGAGAGAGGUGGAAAUUUUACAAGAUUCUAUAAUAAAAUCAAAAGACCGUGAGUUAAAACAGGUGUUAAGGUAUAAGGAAGAUGAAGUGUCUUCGUUAAAAGCUAAAGUGGAGAAAGAUAUUCAAACUGCUGUCAAAAUGUCAAAAGAAGAAGAAAAAAGCAGAUACGAAGAAACUUUGAGGGAAAUGGCAGACGAGAACCAGAGGUUGAAAGACGAAAGGAAAAAAUUGGAAGAAAAACUUCGUAAAAAAGCAGCGGAAGAAAACAAAAAGGAUAAAGAGUUUACUGAGAUAAAAGAUGGAUAUGAUGCUGAAUUAAGAAAAAUUUUGGAUGAAUCUAGAAAAUUAGCAAUUGUGAAUUUACAAAAAUUGAAAAAGGCAGAAAAAGCGUUAAGUGAAGGUGGUUUUGCUGAAGACGAUAGUCUCUGCUCGACGCCUUUUUCUGAUAUAUUAAGUCAUCAUUCACGUAGGGCCCCCAGCAGAACUUUAGCACAGAAAUUAGAGGAAAUUAGAGUGGAUGAAUUAGAAUUAGAAAAAUAUUUGGCAUCAGCAGAUCCAUCUCCAGCAUUUUCAUUGUCUAAUCCAUCGCCAGCAUUAUCGUUACGUAAUCCCUCCCCAGGAUUUUCAUUAAACAAGACAUACUCCAUGGACUCUGCAUUUAGUCUUCCAAGUAAAUCUCCCGCCAUGUUUAGUUCUUCAGGAGGGGACGAAGAAAGUCAGAAAGAGAAUCGUAAACUUUCGGAGGAUAAAGACAGACAUCUUCAAAAGAGGGUAUCAGAACUACAGACACAAGUACAACGGCUAGAGAGGAAGAUAUCAUUACUCAACAAUGAAAACGAAUCAAUAAAAAAGCGUCAGGAUGAGAAAAAGCCAUUAGAAGAAAAAAUAAAAACUUUAAAGAAAAGAAAUGCAGAACUUGCAGCAAUUGCCCGUCGCUUGGAAGAAAAGGCCAAACAUUUACAGCAGGAAAAUAUUAAGAAAGUCAAAGAAGAUGGUCAUGGCCAUCCUGAAACUGACCAUUUAAAGAAAAUGUUUGCCCGCCAACGUGCCAAAGACCUUUCGGAGCAUGCUAAAGCUAUGCUAGCCAAAGACAGGGAGAUUGAGGAACUACGCAAAAAAUGUCAGGAACUGGCCGAUCAACUUAGCAAUGCUGAAUUUCUUGGUCCUGAGAAUGUACAGAUGUAUGAAGAGAAAGAAGAACUAAUUAGUAUUAUCAAACAGGCAGCAAAAGAGAGACUAACCAUGGAGAAACAGAUUGCUAAAAUCAAACCAAAUGUACAGGCAGACACUAAACGUUUAAAAGAGCUAGAAUCAGUAAAUGAAGCAUUACAAAACGAGGUUGUCAAAUUAUCAAAAGCCAAAGAGGAAACAGAAAGACUUGAAAUAGAAUUUACACAGAAAAAGAUUGAAUGUGAAAGAUUGAAUAAAGAAAUAGAAAGAGAAAGAGGACGAAGCAGACAUUUGGAAGCAGAUUUGCAAGAGAGUGCUACACAAAAUACAGAAUUAACCAUACAAGUCUCUGAUCUCACUCAUAGAUUAGCUGAUCUAGAGAAGGUCAGUGAAGAAUGUAACCUCUUACGACUCAAUCUUACUGAAGCUCAAAGGGAAUGUGAACAAGCCAAAAAUGAACGAAAUCGUCUUCAGAAACAAGUUACAGAGUUAAAAGACACAGUCAAGAAUCUCAAGGACACAGCAGAACAGUUCACACAGUUAGAACAUGAUCAUCAAAAAACAGUGCAGAAAUUACAGGAAAAACAGACACAUUAUGACCAAUUACAACAGGCACAUGAUCAAACUAAAAAAGAUUAUGAAGAUGCUCUGAGUAAAUUACAGGGUCGGGUCAGUAAUUUACAAAAUCAGUGCCAAAAACAGGAAGAAAGGCAUCGAGUUCUCACAGAAGAAUUAGAACAAUUAAGAGCUGCAACAAAGUCAGUUAAAAAUAGUCCUCGAAAUAAAUCUCAUAAUACGUCAUCAUCAACAACUCAUAAUAAAUCAGAUUCAUUUAGUUCAUCAGCAUACGAUUCACAGAAACAUACAGAAAACAAUGAUACAAAUAUUAUAGAAUCAUCUAAAUCGUUAGACACAGGUUUUGCAGACGACGAUGAAGUAGAAUUGUCCAAUGGUCUUUCUCCAGACCAGGGCAAGGUCAACCAAUCAGAUUUAGCCAACCAAUCAGAUCUGAAUGAAGAUCCAGAAUUAAACGAAAUAGCAAAGAAAUUAAAAGAGUUAGAGGCUUCCUCCGAUUCCGAAGACGAAGUGAUUUCACAGGAAGUGAUUUCAGAGGAAGUAAUCAUCCCUAUCGAAGAUAAAGGUGAGGACUCAGGGAUGGAGAGUAACUUUGAUAGAAAGUCAAAAGAUGAUUUUAUGGCGGAGGACAGAACAGCCAUGUUAGAAAAGAAAGGUCCAAUUACAGUUUAUAUUGCUAAAUAUACCUACGAUCCAUAUCAACAUUCGCCAAAUGAUAAUCCCGACGCAGAACUAGCACUUAGCUCAGGGGACUAUGUUUUAGUGUAUGGAGACAUGGACGAGGAUGGAUUUUUUGAAGCAGAGUUGAUGGAUGGAAGACGAGGUUUGGUGCCGUCCAACUUUAUAGAAAAGUUGUCAGAUGAUGAUCUAUCAGAAUUUCAUGCAAUAAUGUCAGGAAAUAAUCCACAAGAGCAUGACGAUGAUAGCACUGCAGCAAAUAGUCUCCAGCAAGAACUAGACUUCGAUAGUAGUGAAGAAACUGAUACUAAGUCAGCUAAAAAUUCCAAUAGUAAGAGUCCUGCAUUAGAAGAUUUAAGUGUACAGAAAUCAGAAAUAUCUAGUCAUAUAGAUAGUACAGUAAUUCCUUUUCCUAAAAAUUUGGUGCUUGAGCGUCAGUUGGGGAGUAGUGUUGUGAUAACUUGGCAGCCACCAGAUGGCGUUGCUCCACAGGAUGUGAGAGUAUAUCAUGUCUGCCUAGAUGGGAAGGUCAUCAUCACAGUCAAAGGAAACGAAAGAACGAAAUCUCUUAUAGAGAAUGUGGAUUGUAAUCAGGUACAUAGAAUCAGUGUCCGGUGCCUUUCCAGCAAAGGAUUAUCACAAGAUAAUCAGGCUACCAUUUUAAUAGGAAAAGAUGCUGUUCCUGCACCUAGUCAGCUGAUCGCUAGCAACAUCACUCCUAACUCUGCUACUUUGACCUGGUUGCCUGGCAACAGUAACUUUCAGCACUGCAUAUCAUUGAAUGGAAAUGAAGUGAGGGUGGUAAAAGGGUCAAUCUGCAGUUACAAUUUAACAGGUUUGGAAGCUGGUACUGAACACACAGUUACUAUAACAGCUAGAAACCCAUUGGGAGAAAAGACAAAAGGUCACCAGUCUGCAUUUGUAGAAUUUAGAACUCUUAAAGGAGGAAUGCCUGAACCUCCUAUUAAUGUUCAAGUUGAGGCUGGUCCUCGGGAAGGGUCAUUGCUCUUGACCUGGCUCCCAGUUACGUUAGAACCCUCAGGAUUUUCAAAUGGUGCUCUGGUCAAAGGUUAUGUCGUGUAUGCUGAUGGUCAACGUACCAAAGAAGCCAAAGGAGCAACAAAUGAUCAUAUGAUACUGAAUGCUAGUGAUUUUCGAGGAUUUAUUCCACGUAAUUUAGUGGUGCGAACUGUUAACACAGAUAAUCAGGAAUCCACUGACUCGGAGGUCGUCAAACUUCCACAUUCCCUGAUCAGUGAAAUAACAGAUAGUGCUGCUAAAGAACUCGUGUCAAAAGACAAGUCGAAAAAAACGCCUUCUGCCUCCAAGGAAAGACAACCCAGUAUAGACCAGGAAAUUCAAAAAGCAGUAGAGGUAGUUACAGAAAGUGAAGUUGCUAUGAGUCCUUCCAAUGUUUAUGAAGCUGACUUUAUAGAAUCAUCCAGCAACUCAGAGCUUUCUGACAUUCCUGAAGUGGAGGAGGAUUCAAACGAGGAAUUAGCCAAUGGGAGCUCAAUACAGGAUGAACAGAGCUCCUCAUUGGUCUUUCCAAAUCAUGACACACCAGUGCAGGAUCUUAAUGAGGAUGAUAGCUCCACACCAAGAUCCACAUCCACACCGAGGGCUAUCCAUAAGCCUCAACAGCCUUCAUCAACAACUCCACCUACAAUUAAAGUAGAUCUAGCCACCAAAGAUAGGUCUCGGGCCUCACCAAAAAUGAAAAUCCCAGCUAUAGAAAUAACAAGAGACAGUAGUUCCGAAAGAGGAAAUUCAUUAGAUGUGUCAGAGGAUGAAACAGACCUUGAUAAUAGUUCAAAGGGUAAAAGUCCUACUAAAAAACAACAUGAAUCUCCCAAAGCUACAAAACAAUCUCCAAGAGAUAAUAGUGAUAUUGAUCAUGUGGAUAGUGAAAGUUCUUCAAAUAUAGAUACUAAAAUUAGUGACGAAAAUAUCAGAAAAAGUGUGGAUAAAAAUAUACCCCCAAGUGAUCAUUCACAAACAAACGGUUAUCAAAGUUUAGACAGUAGUUUUGAUAGCAGUCGGACGAUAACGAGUAAAAAUAAUUCACCACGUUCAAUUUCAAAUACGCCUAGAAAACAACCUACCAAUGGGACACAAAGUGGUCAUGACGCAAACGCUAAUAAAGUGAUACGUGAAAAUAGUCCCGUACGGACAGUUAAACGUGACGAUAUUCCUCCACUGGAUUUAAACGGCUGUGAUGAUAGGAGUGAUGUGGAUUCUAUCAGUGGAGAAAUAAAUCCACCGAUAGAUGAUAAUAGGAUUCGAUUAUUUGUGGCGUUAUUUGAUUACGAUCCAGAAUCAAUGUCACCCAAUACAGAUGCAUUAGACGAGGAACUUCCAUUUAAGGAAGGGCAGAUAAUUAAGAUAUUUGGUGAUAAAGAUGCUGACGGGUUUUAUCGUGGGGAAUCUAAUGGUCGAGCGGGUUAUGUCCCCUGUAACAUGGUUUCUGAAGUUCAGGUUGAUGAUGACGAGCUAGCCGACCAGCUACUCAAAGAGAGUCAAGGAACUACAUUUAACAUUAAUGCUCAAUUAAUAGGUAAUCAUGGUAAUGAUCAUUUUAUAAAGCCAGUAAAAAGUUCUGAUGAACUGUCCUCCACUAGUCCCAGUAGUAUGUUACCAGUCUACGAUUCGGAGAACUUGAGACGUAUGGUAGCUUUAUAUGAUUACGAUCCACAAGAACUCUCACCUAAUGUAGAUGCAGAGGUGGAACUUUCAUUUAAAGUAGGAGACAUAAUCAUGGUUUAUGGUGAAAUGGAUGACGACGGCUUCUUCAUGGGAGAACACAAUGGAAAACGAGGUCUCGUUCCUUCUAACUUCCUCCAGGAGGCGUUGCUGACAGAUGAUGAAGCCAUGGAGAGUGCUAGCGUUGUAUCACCCGCCAGGUCAGGAGAAAGUCUCGCCACUCUGUCUCGCCAGUCAGAUACAACCCCUGUGAUAUCACCAUGACAACAGCCGUCCCCUAGCAGACACAGAGGGUGGGAUCACAUGCCCCAGUGGAGUCUCUACCACAGGAUAGGGUAGAUAACUCUAAUCAGAAAACUGAUUCCCGGUCUACUACACCAGAUGAAGUCAAGCAAAAACGCAAAGGAAGCAGUUUCUUAUCAAAAGGAAAAAAUAUUUUUAAAAAGUUGACCAGAUAACAUACACAAAAAUUUAUAGAUCAAUUUCAAUUUUAUCUUCAGCCCAGUGUAAUUGUAUUUGGAAAACAAAAGCCAAUUCUAAAGUUAAUAUUUCAGUAUUAAGUGGUUUUCAUUUUUUAAUUAUUUUGAAGGAUGCUGUACUGAAUCAAAGUUUUAACAGGCUUAUUUUUACAGUUAAAAGAAUACCAUGAAUGAUUUAAUUUACCCCUGGCUAAAAAUGGAAAAAGGAUAUUUUGGUGUCAGCAUCACUGAAGAGACUUUUCUUGUCAAAAUGAGCCUCUGAUGCCAUAAAUAUUCAAGAGACAAAAAAUAUACAGUUACCAAACAUUUUUUUAUAUUACACUGGGUUGAUUCUAUGAUAAUACUACAGAGCUUUCAUUGGACAAUAUUUCCUGUAAAUUUAACAUAUGUAAAAGAUUAGGUUAUUUAUAAAGGCUAUAAGUUUAUCUAUGGACUUGCUGACAGCUAUUAUUUUUAAAUUGCUAAAACUUAAAAAUCACUGUCUUUGAAAUGCAUAUAUAGUAUUUAGUUAACUCUAAAAUUUAUUAGAUAUUUUUAAAAGCUGAUGGAAGAAAACUCAUGUUAUUUUUAUAUGUUAUAAAUUAUUAAGUUUGACAACAAAUGAUUUUUUUUCAGUAUUUUGUUGCCAAAAAUAGAAAAUCAAAAUUAUGUUUACAUGACUGUGUUGUGAACUGUCCGGUUGUGAUUUAAUGUAUUUAUUUAUUAAAUUACCAGUUACAUUCCUGAUUCCAAUUGUAAAGAUUUUUACACCAACUUAUUUAAAAUAAAAUGGAAAAAGAUUUCUGGUCUUGCCUUUGAUGAACAAAUAAGCCUAUAGUUAAUUGGUAUCCUAGAUCCUUUUCUGAUGGAAAAGAAAUAACCAGUGGGACCAUUAGUGUUAAAUAUAAAAUAUUUAGGCCUGUUUCACUGUUUCUAGCCCAUUUUAAGAAAAGUAGCAAAAUCUGAAAUAAUUCAAAUAAAUGUCUUUUUUAUAUAAUAAGAAUUGGAGAUAAAUUGUUUAACCAAGAAACAUUUAAAUUAGCUCUGAAAAUAAGAUGCUGUGACGUCAAUAUAUAUCAAUAUAAAAUAAUAUUGGCCAUCCUGCUGCAUCCGAAAAAAAGUAAAGGUCAACAAAGAUUUGAUAAUGCCUUGAUGUAUUUUGUUAUGGUGCUAAGUUAGUUGUACAUUUGUGUAUAUGUUUAUUUAUUCGUUUGAUAAGUCUGAUAUUAGUCUUAGUAUCUUAGUUUUUUCAAAAUAUUUAUUUUACACUCUCCAGCAUUCCAAGGCUUCUGUUUUUCAAGAAAAAAUUACCGGUAUUUAUUUGUUUAGGUUUUAUAAAUUAUGAUUAUACAUAUUUCUUUCAUGUUACUGUCUGAUUUGGGAAAUGAGCGAGAAAACUAGAAAAUCAAAAUAAAUUGAAUGGUAUAUAAAAAAAAAAGGUUGAAAGUUAUUUUGAUUUUCUAUUUUUUUUUUCGGUUUUCUUAUCUGAGAAUUCCCACUUUAGUGAACAAACUGUAUAAAGUUGUCUUUGACAAAAAUAAUGGCAUUUUAUAGAUUGAUUUUGCAUUUUUUUUAGGAAAGGACUGAUAAAUAAACAAUAUUUUGUUAGUACAGUAAAUAUGAUUUAAGAGCUACCUCCCUUGCUUGAAGAUGCAUAUUUUUUUAGCUCCCUUUUUUCAAGAUAAAUGCAUUAGAUCUAUUUAAAAAAAACAUCAGGAGUUACUGCCCUUAAUGAGUUCACACCAAACUGCAUUUGAAGAAAUAUUUUGUAAUAAUCUUUUAAAAUCCUCACAGUUUUUGUCACAUCUCAUGAUUAUGAAAAGCUAGGUUCUUUUUAUUUUAACCUUUGAAAAUGCUGUGUGUCUUUUAAAAAAUCAGUUUGAUUAAAAGUAAUGAAUUUAACGUGAUUCUGCCAACGUUGAUAUCAAUUUGAUUUACUGGGAACAUGAUAGUAAAAUUAAAAUUAUAUCUUUUAAUAUUGGGACUAACACAGCUUGAUAUUACAAUAGUGUAUAUUCCUGAAUAAUUUUUCGAAAAGACUUGUCAAUGUGACGGAGAUUUCGAGACAUUUUUCGGUAAUAUUUGUUCAGUUGAUAUGUAUAUGAUAUAUCAGUAGGACAGGUCCAUAUCAUAUGAUUAGAUUUUUAUAUCCCGUUGACAACACUAUAUUAGUUUGACAACUAGAUUAACAUUUUGUAUGGUAUAUCCUUCGGCAAUUUUAUCUCCUGGUACAGUAUUGAAUAUAAAUGUAUAUGACAAAAUUGUACAUUAUUUUAAGGUAGUGCGAAGUAAGGUUAUUUCAAGUUGUAACUUUUUAUGCCCCCGUCAUAAUGAAGGGGGUAUCAAGUUUUUCUUUUGUAGUGAUUUACGUCUAGAAAAUAUAAACUCAGUUGAAAAAACCUCCAAUUUUUUUCAAAUAACACGAAUAUGAAGCUAACUCAUUAGUUUUGAGUUUAAGGAGAUAUAACUUUUUUUUCUAUCCAAUUUAAAAAUCUUUUUUUGUUUUAUACUGACUAAAAAAAUACAUAUCAUGUUUCUUCUUAAUUGUUAAACAUUUUUGUAACUCCUUCCGCACAAUUUUUUAUUUUCCGCCAGUAGAUGUAAUUUGCCGAGGGGUACCACAAAGACUGUGAUUUAAAGGCAUUUAUUAUAGGUUGUAAAUGACUUGCCAUAAAAGUGUAUGAAAGUUGUGUGUGUACAUGUGUGAGCGCCUUAUGUGUUGUGUAUAACUUGUGUAUAAGCCUCUAUAACAGUAUUCUGUUAUAUAUUGUGAUAUUUAACAUCCAUUCAAAUAUCAUAAAUUAUUUUGAUAUG